AAGACACCGCGGCGCCGCGCCCCUACAGGCCCGUGGACUCGAGUGCGCUCGCGGGAAGCCCGGGUUCCUCCCGAACCCGGACCUGGGAGCGGUUCGCAGAGCCGAGGCAGCUGUGGAGGCGGCGCCACUGCGCCUGCGCAGCCCGCGCCCCACGUGGCCGGCGGGACCCGGGGCCUAGCUCAACAUGGCUUCCCGGCGCAUCACCCAGGAAACCUUUGAUGCGGCCGUGCAGGAGAACCUGAAGGAGUUCGACAUGGGGCCCGAAGAGGCGCUACAGGAGGCUGUGGAGCAGUUUGAGUCUCAGGGCGUGGACCUGAGCAACAUUGUCAAGAAGGCACCCACGGUGUCGGGGACUGGGCCCCAGGAGCCACAGCACGAGAUCCUGCAGAUACUGACUGCCCUGCAGGAGUCGGUGGCACACGCACGGCCUGAGGAGGUGGCGGUGCAGCUCUCAGCCUUCGGGGAGCAGUGCCAGCGGGACCGGGCCUGCCGCUUCCUGGCUGCACAGAAGGGCGCCUACCCGGCCCUGCUGGCUGCCUGGAAGCUGGCCACCAGCACCCCAGACCUCCUGCUGCCGGCCCUACACGCCCUGUCAGUCCUGAUCGACGGGCAGCCUGACCUACUGGACGCACAGGGCCUGCAGCUGCUGGUGUGCACUCUGGCACGCCUGGCUGAGGCUGACACUGAGGCUCCCAAGGUGACCAGCGCUGCUCUGCGCUGCGUGCGCUUUGCCUGCGUGAAGCACGAGCAUAACCGGCGUGACCUGGUGCAGGCGGGCGUGCUGCCACUGCUCACAGGCGCCAUGGCCCGCCACAGUGGCGGUGCGGGUGCUUGCGUGGUCCGUGAGGCCUGCGGGGCCCUGCACAGCAUCACCUGUGACGACGAUGUGCGCACGCUCUAUGGCCUGGCUGGGGACCACACCAGGAAGAUCGUGGAGGAGCACGCGGGCCUGAAGGUGCUGGUCCACGCCCUGCAAGCCUUCCCCAACAACCUGGACCUCCUGAGCAAGCUCUGUGGCACCCUGGCGCACCUGACCGUUCGCAACAAUUACUGCCAGGAGGUGGUAGAUCUGGGGGGUCUCAAUCUGCUGGAGACCCUGCUGGCUACCUGUGGUGAUCACCAGGACCUGGUGCGGCAGGUGUUGAAUGUGCUGCGUGCCAUGGCAUGCAACGAUGCCGUGAAGGACACCAUCGUGCGCGCUGGGGGGAUUGAGUCCAUCGUGGCCGCCAUGACACGCCACCUCGCCUCCCCCCAGGUAUGUGAGCGGAGCUGUGCUGCUCUGAGCGUGCUGGCCCUGCGCAGGCCAGAGCACUGCCAGGUCAUCAUGGAGUGUGGCGGCAUCCAGGCGGCCGUGCAGGCCAUGAAGGCCCAUCCACAGGACGCUGGUGUACAGAAACAGGCCUGCGUGCUGAUCCGCAACGUGAUGUCCCGCAGCCCAACCCUGGCGAAGCCGAUCCUGGAGCUGGGCGUGGAGGAGCUCAUCACGCAGGCCAGCGCCGCGCACCCGGACUGCGAGGAUGCGGCCAAGGCCGCCCUGCGGGACCUGGGCUGCCACGUAGAGCUGCUUGAGCUGUGGACUGGGGAGAAGGGUCAGUUGGAGCUGUGACUCCUGGUGGGCUGGCAGGAGUGUGAGGGGUGCAGCCCCUGGGCCCCACUGCCUCUGCACUGCACCCAGAGGCUCGGGGUGGCCUGG